AGGGCUUCAUUAGGAGCCUCCUCUGCAGCACUGGGGCAUAGAGACCAGAGGAGAGAGACCGUGUGAAGGGAGUCUUGGAUUAUGGAGCCAACUUCAGGAACUGCCAAAGAGCCCCGGGACCCAGGUGCUACCACCCAACGCUUGGUGCAGUGUGGAACAGGCAAAGGGGCCUGCCAUUUGACAGCCCUGCUCAGCACAACUGCAGCAGAGGAGAGCAGUCACAAUGCAACUAAGAAGAAGGAGCCCCCAGACACACCUCCACAAGUCCGGAAAAAGACCCGCACCCUUUACCGUACAGACCAGUUGAAAGAGCUGGAGAAGAUGUUUCAGGAAGACCACUACCCUGACAGUGACAAACGCAGGGAGAUUGCCUUGGCUGUGGGGGUCACACCCCAGCGCAUCAUGGUGUGGUUUCAGAACCGAAGAGCAAAGUGGCGGAAAGUAGAGAGACUGAUGGCAAAGGGAAACAAGACCAACCUGAAAGCUCCUGUCCCUAACACUGCCUCUUCAAACAGUCAUCAUGGCUCUGCCCCUGAGUUCCCAUCCCCUCCACCCAUGGUCAUGGAGCCAGGAAACUUCACCAAUGAGCUGGUGCCUCCAUCUGCCACUUUUCCUCCAGAGUCUAACCUACUACUGACAUGUGAUCAACCGACGGCUCUGAGUCACCACAAUGAUGAGGCUCAAAGGGGAGAGGUAGCUCCUCUCCUCCUUAGCCCCCCACCUGUCCGAAGGGCCAGCCUUCCCUUGGCCUUGGGCCCUGUUCACACUUCACACCUGGUACCCCUUCUGCUGGAAACACCCAAUAGUGGUUUUAGUCCUAAGGAUGGCUCCUAUGGAUCUUGGGAAACAAGCAUUAACCCACCAAAUACUUACAACUAUCCUGAGCAAAUGGAAUCCCAGUAUCAUCAUCAAGGCAACCAGUCCAGAGCCUUCCAGCUCUCCCACUACCCCCAGCACCAGCUCUUCCAUCAAUCCCAACACCACCUACCCCAAGUCCGUCCUUUCUCCUUUCCGCUCCCUAGCACACUGACUUCUCCUCCACCAGGAGACUCUAGUGCUGCUGCCCUCCUUGCAUUUGCCUAUGGCCAUGAUGGAGAGACCCCAACGGGAUUGUUCCCAGGCACUCCAGUGGGGCAGCUUCUGUUGCAGCAGCCUACUGGGAGCUUGGGUCCACUCACAGCUCUACAACCUAUCCCUUGGAAUGAUCCCUGCUUGCCAGAGCUUUCAUUCCCGGGUUCACUCUGCUCCCAGAACUUUGGGCACCACUCUGGAGGAGGGAGCUACAUACCUGAUCUGGCUGCCCAUGUCUUGGAGAGGCAGCCUUCACCAGGCUUCAUCCAGCUUCUUGGAGAGUCUAAAACAGGCACUGGGCUGCUCAGUAAGACUCAGGAAGAACUGUCUUCUAGCACUCAGGAGCAAUUGUCAUUGCCCAAGGAGGUCAGAGAAGGAGUGAAGAACACUCAUCUCCCCAGAGUUACUGUUGAUGGAGACAGUAAGUAA